AUGGCGAGCUUAUCGGUUGUAUAUGAUGCAAUGCACAAAUGGCAUGUAUCAAAUGUGUGCCCGCUGUUAUGGGUAUUAUCUCGACUAACAAGACCGGCCAAGCUAACGGCACCUUUAUCUAGUGUAAGAGAAACAACACAUCCCCACAUUGGCGACAGUGAAACAGAAACAACACAACCCCACAUUGGUGACAGUGAAACAGAAACAACAAAACCCCGCAUUGGUGACAGUGAAACAGAAACAACACAACCCCACAUUGGUGACAGUGAAACAGAAACAACACAACCCCACAUUGGCGACAGUGAAACAGAAACAACACAACCCCUUAUUGGUGACAGUGUAAGAGAAACAACACAUCCGCACAUUGGUGACAGUGAAACAGAAACAACACAACCCCACAUUGGUGACAGUGUAAGAGAAACAACACAACUCCACAUUGGUGACAGCGAAACAGAAUCAACACAACCCCACAUUGGUGACAGUGUAAGAGAAACAACACAACCCCACAUUGGUGACAGUGAAACAGAAACAACACAACCCCACAUUGGCGACAGUGUAAGAGAAACAACACAUCCCCACAUUGGUGACAGUGAAACAGAAACAACACAACCCGACAUUGGUGACAGUGAAACAGAAACAACACAACCACACAUUGGUGACAGUGAAACAGAAACAACACAACCCCACAUUGGUGAAAGUGAAACAGAAACAACACAUCCCCACAUUGGCGACAGUGUAAGAGAAACAACACAUCCCCACAUUGGUGACAGUGUAAGAGAAACAACACAUCCCCACAUUGGCGACAGUGUAAGAGAAACAACACAACCCCACAUUGGUGACAGUGAAACAGAAACAACACAACCCCACAUUGGUGACAGUGAAACAGAAACAACACAACCCCACAUUGGUGACAGUGUAAGAGAAACAACACAACCCCACAUUGGUGACAGUGAAACAGAAACAACACAACCCCACAUUGGUGACAGUGUAACAGAAACAACACAACCCCUUAUUGGUGACAGUGUAAUCAAACAACACAACCCCUUAUUGGUGACAGUGAAACAGAAACAACACAACCACAUUGGCGACAGUGAAACAGAAACAACACAACCCCUUAUUGGUGUCAGUGUAAGAGAAACAACACAACCCCACAUUGGUGACAGUGAAACAGAAACAACACAACCCCACAUUGGUGACAGUGAAACAGAAACAACACAACCCCACAUUGGUGACAGUGAAACAGAAACAACACAACUCCACAUUGGUGACAGUGUAAGAGAAACAACACAACCCCACAUUGGCGACAGUGAAACAGAAACAACACAACCCCUCAUUGGUGACAGUGAAACAGAAACAACACAUCCCCACAUUGGCGACAGCGAAAGAGAACUGAGUUCUCUACAAUAUUAUAAUUUAAUAUUUUUGAAACAAUAG